GGCCUCCCGGGCUCUUUUCCUGCUGCCCGCCGCUCGCUUGCAGGAGGGCUGGAUGGUUACACCGGGCAGCCGGGCUCCAUAAUGUUAGGGACUGUGAAAAUGGAAGGGCAUGAAACCAGCGACUGGAACAGCUACUACGCCGACACCCAGGAGGCCUAUUCCUCGGUGCCCGUGAGCAACAUGAACUCGGGGCUGGGCUCCAUGAACACCAUGAACACCUACAUGAGCAUGAACACCAUGACGACGAGCGGCAACAUGACCUCGGGCUCCUUCAACAUGUCCUACGCGAACCCUGCGCUGGGCGCGGGGCUGAGCCCCGGCGCGGUGGCCGCGAUGCCCGCGGGCUCGGCGGGGCCCGUGCCCGGCAUGGGGGGCGGCGUGGCYGCCAUGGGCUCGGCGCUCAGCCCCGGUGCCAUCAACGCCGUGCCGGCCCAGGCGGCCCCCAUGAACGGGCUGGGCCCCUACGGCGGCAUGAACCCCUGCAUGAGCCCCAUGGCCUACACGCAGUCCAACCUGGGCCGCGCGCGGGACGCCAAGACCUUCAAGCGGAGCUACCCGCACGCCAAGCCGCCCUACUCCUACAUCUCCCUCAUCACCAUGGCCAUCCAGCAGGCGCCCAGCAAGAUGCUGACGCUGAGCGAGAUCUACCAGUGGAUCAUGGACCUCUUCCCCUACUACCGGCAGAACCAGCAGCGCUGGCAGAACAGCAUCCGCCAUUCGCUCUCCUUCAACGACUGCUUCGUGAAAGUGGCCCGCUCACCCGAUAAGCCCGGCAAGGGCUCCUACUGGACCCUGCAUCCCGACUCCGGCAACAUGUUUGAAAACGGCUGCUACCUUCGCCGGCAAAAGCGGUUCAAGUGCGAGAAGCCGGCGAGCAGCAAAACCCCUCAGGAGGGCAGGAAAGAUCAGGCCGGGGCCUCCAGCUCCAGCUCUAAUUCCCCCCUGCACAGGGGCCACAAUAAACAGGCGCAGCUGGACACGGCGACCUCCCUCUCCAGCUCCAACCCAUCCGCCAGCCCCCAGUCCAUGGACCACAGCGGAUCGAGCACGGAGCUAAAGACCUCGGCCUCGGCCGCCUCCUCCACCAUCAGCUCCGUCCCCACCUUGGCCUCCGUCCCGCACCCGCCUCACUCCUUAGCCCACGAACCCCAGCUCCACCUCAAAGGGGACCCCCACUACUCCUUCAACCACCCCUUUUCCAUCAACAACCUCAUGUCCUCCUCGGAGCAGCAGCACAAGCUGGACUUCAAAGCCUACGAGCAGGCGCUGCAAUAUUCCUCCUACGGGGCGAGCCUGCCCGGCGGGCUGCCCCUGGGCAGCGCCUCCAUGGCCGGCCGCGGCAGCAUCGAGCCCUCGGCCCUGGAGCCCUCCUUCUACCAAGGUGUGUAUUCCAGACCCGUGCUAAACACCUCGUAG